GUAAGUUACUAAUUUAGAUGUUCUCCACGCAUCAACUGUGUCAUUAAUCGACGACUUCACUAAGACAAAUUUUUGUAGGUCUAUGGUCUUUCUUGGUUCGUCAUGGCAACUAUCCUUCUGGUACUAAAGCUGCUAUCGAUGGGAAGACGGAAGUUUGGCACUGACUUUCAGCUCAUGUUCAGGAUUGUGAAGGUGCUUUUGUUCUUUGGAUUUGUAACAGUUAUGACCAUCUUAUUUCUUGUAUGUGGACUCACUAUAACGGACAUAUUUGCUGCUCUCCUUGCUUUCGCUCCCACUGGGUGGGCCUUUCUCUUGAUCGGCCAAGCAUGUAGGCCUGCUUUGAAAGGUAUAGGGUUCUGGAAUUCCUUAAUGGAGUUGGCAAGGGCAUAUGAAUGCAUGAUGUCGCUGGUGAUAUUCAUGCCAAUAGUUAUAUUAUCCUGGUUCCCUUUUGUAUCGGAGUUCCAAAUAAGGCUGCUCUUUAAUCAAGCUUUCAGCAGAGGCCUCCAGAUUUCGAUGAUUCUUGCAGGAAAAAAAGACAAGAAAUCAAACACUUAAAAUUUCCCACAUUGAAGUCCUCUCAUAUUACAUUCUAUUUGAUUCUGAGUCUUGUAUAUAGGAGCUAGCUAGUUAUCAAGAAAUUGUAUAAGAACAUAGAAUACCACACAACACAGCAGAUAUGUUAGAAUUAGUACCUUGGUGUAAAAUUACAGCUCAUUCUUGUCUGAUGUGCACUGAUUCAACUACAGUUGUUUAUGGUUCUAGGCUGUCCCUGUGGAUCAGGAAGUAAAGAGCAAAAGGGAACAUCAUUAAGUGACAAAGCAACAUUGUUAUUGGAUACCAGAUGCACUGUUAAGGAACUUCAAUAACAUUAUACUCACCACAGUAGGUUUAUAGUCCGAUAUAUUCAUAGUGCAGACUGCAGAGGGCUAGUUGAUAUCAGAGAAAAUGGUUUCUUAGAGCAGCUCCGGCGCUC